AUGCCACUCUUCAUGAUGGCAGUGUCCGUCUACAACAACUGGGACUCGUCUCCAACAGCAGCUCUCCCUGCAGAGGGUCCUGUAACUGCCCCAAGGAACAGGCACCAGGACCCUGAGGUGGUACCCUAUCUGGAGGAACCCAUCUCUGACACCGACUCCAGCCAGGACAGCAAUACCCCUCAUGAUACCAGCAAUUCUUUCUCUGUGGAUUGGGACUCUGCUGAGAGGCCAGGGGUGGUCCCCAACGGGGACAGACUCAACGUGAUGAUCCCGAGGAGGCCUCAGGAGGGGCUGAGAGCUGACAGUGCCCGAAGGGUCCCCAGAUCCCCAGCCAGAGGAGACCCAGCAGGCCAGAGAAAGGAGGACUCCAGCAGUGGUGGACAGAGUGCUGGCCAGCACUGGGCAAAGCUUCGGGCAGAAAGUGGCUACUUCUCCUUGGAACGACAUCGCUCAGGGCAAAACCAGGCUUCCUCCGGGACACCACCUAGUGGACCUCGGGCCACCACCCAGGCUUCUUCUGCUCAAAGGGCUGCUUUCCAGGAUGCUUCUGCACAAGAAACCUCCCAAGCUUCCUCUAUAUCCCAAAACACCCAAAGGGACACCCCCAGAACCUUAGCCACACAGCGGAGUAGCCCCAGAAUGUCCUCUCCUUCAAGAGUGUCCCAGAGGGACACUCCUAGAACCAUGUCCACCCAGCAAAGCAGCACCCCACUUUCCUCUCCCCUCAGAGCCACUCAAGGGAGCCUCAAGACCUGCACACCACAAAAUGGCCCCCACGAUGCAUCGUCUCUUUGUGUCCAAGCCUCCUCUCCCAACAGAACCACCCAGAGGGACAACCCCAGGAACACCUCUCCCAACAGAACCACCCAGAGGGACAACCCCAGGAACUCCUCUCCCAACAGAACCACCCAGAGGGACAACCCCAGGAACUCCUCUCCCAACAGAACCACCCAGAGGGACAACCCCAGGACUCCCUGUGCCCAAAGGGACAACCCAAGGACUCCCUGUGCCCAAAGGGACAACCCAAGGACUCCCUGUGCCCAGAGGGACAACCCAAGGACUCCCUGUGCCCAGAGGGACAACCCCAGGAGCUCCUCUCCCAGCAGAAUCGCUCAGAGGGACAACCCAAGGACUCCCUGUGCACAGAGGGACAAUCCCAGGAGCUCCUCUCCCAGCAGAAGUACCAAGCAGGACAACCCCAGGACUCCCUGUACCCAGAGGGACAAUCCCAGGAGCUCCUCUCCCAGCAGAAGUACCAAGCAGAACAACCCCAGGACUCCCUGUACCCAGAGGGACAAUCCCAGGAGCUCCUCUCCCAACAGAACUACCCAGAAGGACAACUCCAGAACUUCCUGCAGACUACAGAACACCCCCAGGACUCCUCCUACCCAAGGAGACAAGACUACAGCCUCCUGUAGCAAAUGGGAGCAUCUCCGAAGCGCUUGCACCCAACAAGACAACCCAAGACCACCAUCUUCCUUCCAACAAGACAACUCCGGGGCUUUCUCUCAAGGCUGCACCCAAAAGGACAACCCAGGACCAUUAUCUUCCCGCCAUGCCACUCCGGGGAGUAGCUCCAGGAACCCUUCUCCCCACCGUACCAACAAAGAUAUCCCUUGGGCCUCCUUUCCCCUUCGGCCAACCCAAAGUAGUGCUCCUCGAACCUCAUCUCCAUCUCGCACCAAACAAAACCAGGUGCCUUGGGCAUCCAUUUCUCUCCGGCCAACCCAAGGGGACAGGCCUCAGACCUCAGCUCCUACCAGACUCGCCCAUCACGCCCCUCCCCAGCACUCCUCGCCCUCCCUGGCCUCCUCCUCUUCUCGUAACCCCGGCCAUGCGGGUGCCUCUCGGACUUCACCGCCUCUGCACCCCGCACCACGAGGGGUUCCCCAGACCUCUUCAGAGUCCUCCCAGCCGUCAUGCGCUGUGUGUAUCGGGCACAGGGACGCACCUCGUGCCUCUUCACCCCCUCGCUGUUUUCAGUACGACCCUUUCCCCUUUUUUCCAGAUCCCCGCUCGUCUGAGAGCGAGUCGCCCCACCACGAACCCCCCUACAUGCCACCUGCAGUGUGCAUUGGGCACCGCGAUGCCCCCCGGGCCACUUCACCCCCUCGUCAUACCCAGUUUGAUCCCUUUCCCUUCCUCCCCGACACAUCAGAUGCUGAGAACGAGGCCCCGCAGCAUGAACCCCCACAGUUUCCCCCACCAGUGUGCAUUGGGUACCGCGAUGCCCCCCGGGCCUCCUCCCCACCACGCCAGUUUCCCGAGCCCUCUUUCUUCCAGGAUCUCCCCCGGGCCAGCACAGAGAGCCUUGUCCCUUCCACAGACUCUCUGCAUGAGCCUCCCCACAUCCCCCCUCCUGUAUGUAUUGGGCACAGAGACGCUCCCUCCUUUUCUUCCCCACCACGCCAGGCCCCCGAGCCUUCCCUCUACUUCCAGGAUCCUCCUGGGACCAGUAUGGAGAGUCUUGCCCCUUCCAUCGACUCUCUGCACGGCUCUCCACUGCUGCCCCCUCAAGUAUGCAUCGGCCAUCGGGAUGCACCCAGGGCCUCCUCUCCUCCCCGCCACCCACCCAGUGAUUUAGGUCUCCUGGCUCCCUCCCCUCCCCCAGGUAGCUCAGGCUCUCGGGGCUCAGCACCCCCAGGGGAAAGCAGACACAACUUGGAGAGGGAGGAGUACACCAUGCUGGCCGACCUGCCCCCACCCAGAAGGCUGACCCAGAGGGGGCCAGAGCCCCAAGCACAGGGCAGCAACGAGGGCCGUACCCGCAGCCCUGGCCGGGCAGAGGUGGAGCGCCUCUUCGGGCAAGAGCGCAGGAAGUCGGAGGCACCAGGGGCCUUCCAUGCCCGGGAUGAGGGACGGUCACAGCGGCCCAGCCAAGGUCAGAGCCAACUUGGAAGACAGUCCAGCCCCGCCCCCAGCAGGCAGGUGACCAAGCCCUCUGCCAAGCAGGCGGAGCCAGCCCACCGGAGCCGAACAGAGGCCCCACGUCCUAAGAGUCCUGAGAAGCGGCCUGAGGGAGACCGGUGGCUCCAGAGGUCCUCAGCACCUGCCAGGACAUCAGCCCGGACACCUGAGAGGAAGGCUCAAACAGAGAAACAUCUAGAGAGUGGCUGCACCGGCCUGAGGCAGGCCCUGGGAGGGUGGCAGAGUCAGGAAGAGCUGUCGGGACCCCAAAGUCCUAACAAACACCCAGAGAAGAGCUGGGACAGUCAGGAGGAGGGUCCAGGCCUGGGGGGCUGGCCAGAGCUUGGGAGUUCCAGCCUGGAGGGAAUAUGGAGGGGCCCUCCUCAGGAGCACAGGGAAAGGUGGGGACAGUCAGAGACCUGGGAGCAGCUUUCCUGUAGUGGGCUGCAGGGGGGGCCACCAAGGGGCCAAGGUAGUCUUCAGGAGUUGCCCAGGCCUCACCAGCCUACAACCCCCCCAGACAGCGCCUGGGCAGGCCCAGCAGAAUGCUUGUGUGCCCUGCAUCCUGAGGCCAGCACUGCCAUGGGCUGGAGGGCUGAGGGAGCAUCCCCACAUCAGUAUAGUCCCGAGAAACCACCCGACCUGGACUGGAGGGACCUACUGGGCCUUCUCCGGGCACCCGAGGAUGGGGCCUGGGCCCGACUCCCAAGGCUGGACUGGGAAGGCCUGUUGGAGCUCCUGCAGGCUCGGCUGCCCCAGAAGCACCCGGCUGGGCACUUGUGUGACCCAGCCAGGGCUUCAGAACCAGAGCUGGGUUCCCCAGGAACAGAGGACACCCUGAAGACAGAGACGCUGACCCAGCCUGAAGGAUGGGCCACGACCACCCAAGCCAAUGGUCAUAGCCCUGGGCAGCAGUCUGAGAGCCCAGCACAGCUACCCAGCCCUGCCGGUACCUUCACCCAGUGGCCAAAAACCAAAGUGACGAGUGGACCAACAUCUUCGCCUCUGGAGCAGACAAACCACCUAGGGAGCCACAGCCCACCAGACCAGGCGUUCCAGCCGGAGGAGCCUGAGGCGUCAGAACCAAGCAGAGGCGAAGACUCGCUGGCUGACCAGAAGCAGGCUGACUCGGCAGACAAGAGGCCAGCAGAGGGCAAGGCUGGGAGCCCACUCAAGGGCCGACUGGUGACUUCGUGGCGGAUGCCCGGGGACCGGCCAGCGCUGUUCAAUCCGUACCUGCUGUCUCUGGGGGUCCUCAGGUGGCAAAGGGACCACGAUGAGCUUCCGCAGUCCAAGAAAAUACAACACGUUGACAAGGAAGCUGGGAACAUGAGCAACAGAUGCACACUCUCACCCGGGAACCCAGCUCUUCUUACCGGAAAGUCCCUCGUGGGAGACUUCGCGAAAGCUCUCUCCCUUUCUAUCUACCACUCCCGAUCUCGUUUUGUGCGCAGCUUACUUGCUAGAAUUUUCUCUCUGCCUCAUUUCUCUCCCCCUCGCCCCGUGAGACCUCGGGAGGGCAAGUAG